AAACUAAAUUGCUUACACACUCCAUAAAACUAAGUACAAAGUAACCCCACUUUUACACACACAUACACUACACAACUUCCACCGUGAUAAGACCAAAGACAUGGUGGACAAAACAUCUUCGCCGGAGUCUGCCACCAUCUCCACCAAAUCUCCGUCAAACUCCACCGGAAAAAUAGAGUGUUCUUUGUUCGACGAUGGUUGCAUUCUUGACAUUGAUUAUUUCGUUAACACCAUCGCCGGAAUCAAAUCCAAAGGUGUUCGUCCUGAUCUCAUCGGCUCCAUCAUCGUUCAUUACGCUUCCACGUGGCUUCCUGACCUCUCAGACGUAGUCCAAAACCCUGAUGAUCCGCAACCGCAACAGCAAUCAGAGAGCUUCUCUGUUACUGCCUUCGUCAUGAAGAAACGUUUCUUAGUCGAAACACUAAUCGGAAUCAUCCCACCGGAGAAAGAUUCCGUUCCUUGUAACUUCCUCCUUCGUCUUCUCAGAACUGCCAACAUGGUCGGAGCAGAUUCAAAUUACAAGACCGAGCUCGAGGCUAAGAUUUCAUGGCAGCUUGACCAAGCUUCCCUCAAGGAGCUAAUGAUACCUUCGUUUAGUCACACAUGCGGGACAUUGCUUGACGUUGAGCUCGUGACUCGGUUGGUUAAGAAAUUUACGGGACUAGACUACGAAGGAGUCAAAUCUGGUGCUUCCCUUGUUAAAGUAGCGAAGCUCGUGGACUCUUACUUAGCCGAAGCCGCUUUAGAUGGUGAUUUAAGCCUCCCGGAGUUUAUGUCUCUCGCCGAAGCUCUCCCUUACCAUGCUCGUGCAAAUGAAGAUGGGUUAUACCGAGCAAUUGACACUUAUCUCAAGGCACAUCCUAAAGUGACAAAGCAAGAAAGGAAGAGACUUUGUGGACUAAUAGACAGCAAGAAGCUAUCAAUGGAGGCAUCUCUUCACGCUGCACAGAACGAUCGUUUACCGGUUAGAACUAUUCUACAAGUUCUGUUCUCUGAGCAGACAAAGCUGAGUCAUCGCAGCAACAACAACAUUGACUGGAGUGGCUCAUCGUUCAGUGGCGUUAGGAGCAGCCCUAACCCUUCUGGUUCACACUACUCAGAGUCUGGUCCUGCGCGGUGCAUGUCCAAACGUGAGAUAAAUGUUCAGCACGCAGAGAUAAGAAGGUUGAGAGAGGAUAUGGCAAACCUGAAAAGCCAGUGUGAAGCGAUGCAAACGCAGUUACAUAAGCUUAUUGAGAAGAAAGGUACGUGUACUAGUGGUAAGAAAGGGUUUUUUAGGUGGACGAAGUUGGGAUUUAGGAGCGGUUUAAGUGUAAGCGUUGUGGAAAAUACAAAUGGUGAUCAAGAGUUUGGUGGUAAUGGAGAAGAUGAUGAGUUUGAGUAUGUGACUCAGACUCCUGGUAAUAUGAAGACGAAGCUUGUUAAAGGAAGAACACCUUCUAGGUGGAGAAAUUCUAUGUCUUGAUGAAAAUUAAACAGUCUUUAUCGUCUGUAGUUAUUUCUAUUGUUGUUGUUUUAGUCCUUGUUUCUUAAACCUAACUCUUCGUACAUUUUUGGUAAGGUCAUAUAAUAAAGUCAUAUCGAUGGCUUGUGGGUCAAGUUUCUUAAAUGGUUUUAUCUUCACUGAAACUCUCUUCGAUUCUUGUACAUCUAUGUAGUUUCUCUGUUAUAUCAUAAUCACCUAAUUUCUUA